CUCACUCUUCCCUUUCACAUUCAUCAUCUCUCUUUUCUUGAUUACCUCUUAGCUCAACCAACAAAACUAAUAUCAGUAAACUCUCAUUUUGAUACUCAGUUUUUUCUCAAGAAAAAAUCGCCACCAAAAGUUUCUCCCAGAAAUUCGACAUGGGUGGGUUGAGUUUCCUACAAUCUAUGUCCGAUAUCACUUCCAUUGUCCGAACCAGAGAGGAUAAAGCUUAUGUUCACCCGACCGUGAAACGCUCUGUUUCUCAGCUGAACGAGAAAAGCCUAGAGAUGUGCACUGAGAGCCUCGGGGCCGAGACAGGAAGCGAGAGUGGUGACGAGUUGACCUUACUUGCCCUUGAAGCAACCGCUAUCUCCAGGGCUCAUUCGAAACCUCAAGAUGAAGAAAAGGACGCUGACUUUCGUGCCAAGAAAGCAACGAUGAGUCGCAGCAAAAGCUUCCCGCCACCGAUAAAGUUCGUUGAAGAGUCAAGGUACAAUCGCAUGGUGAGGUCGUUAGGAGAAGAUGGUCGUCUCGUUGUUCAAGCAAUCAGGAUUUCUUCUCCGCCACGUAACUUUGUAGCGGAACGUGAGGAAGGAAGGCUCCGUCUCUGUUUAUCCCCGGAAAGUUCUUUACUUAGGGACGAUCAUGAAGAGGAGGAAGAAGAAGAAACAGAGGAGGGCAUGGCCGAGGAAAAUAGUGAGAACUUGGAGGGUAAAAAUGGAAAUAAAAAGAUUAGCAGGCUAAGCAGCAGAUGCAAGGAGAAUGGUCGUGAGCCUAAACAAAUGCUUACCUGGAAGCAGCAGCAGUUUUGGGUCGCCACUUAAGACUUCAAUAAUCUCUUAACUAAAUAAUUUUAAAAUAUGAGCUUCUUAAUCUUAGCUAAUAUAUAUAACCUAUGUUUUUCCUAUGGUUUCUUGAGGGGUACUGGGAGUGGAGUGUUUUCUAAUUGUAUUUAGUGUAAUGUUAAAUGAGAGUUGUUAUUAUUAAUUA